AUGGACGCUAAAGAAAUCUUUGCAUGGCGUGCUCAUGACGAUACUUGGAUUUUACAGCUCUUACACUUUCCCCAGGUUUCGGGCGGCUCGUUCGUUGCGUCCACCAGUUCUGGAGGGUUGGUUCUCUUCUCCACCGGCCAGUUCAGCCAGGCUCCUAUCUACUCCAACGAGAAGGCCCACGAGUCGAGUAUAAAUAGCAUUGCUAAGGUCAACGAUACGGUUUUUGUUUCUGCAUCUACAGAUGGACUUAAGGUGUGGGAUUUGGAGAAAGGACUCGGCAAACCAGUGGCUGCGUUUACCAACCUGAAAAACUCCAACUUCUUAUCGGUUGCUAGUUCUCCAGAUGGGAAGCUUGUGGCUGGCGGAACUGAGCUUGCUGGUGUGGACGCAGAAUUGCAUAUUUGGGAUUGGAAGAGCCAGGAGUUGGUCAGAUCGCUCGUGGACUCUCACCAUGACGAUAUCACAGAUAUCAAGUUCCAUCCGACAAUGACACAGUACUUGAUGUCUGGAUCCACGGACGGGUACGUGAACAUUUACGAUUUACGUGAAGAGGACGAAGACGAAGCAUUGCACCAGGUUAUCAACUACAAUUCUGUUCAUACAUGCAACUUCAUCAGAGAAAAGCGUAUACUGGUUCUUUCACACAUGGAAACGCUUCUUUUCAGUGAACUCAACAACGUGGACUACGAGAACCCAGAGGAGCCUCAACCCAGUGAUAUUGGCGACCUACGCGUGUGGCCCCAUUGUGAAUACGUCAUAGAAGUCAGUCCAUUGGGCUACGCAGCCUUUGGCGCUAACCUGGAGCUGCUGCUACUGGUGAUGCCGUUUGACUGUGAAAGCGAAAACUUUGACAAAUCAAGUAUUGUCAGUUUCCCAGGUGCCCAUGGCGAAGAAGUGGUUAGAGACGUUUUGCUCGUUCCCCAGAGCAAGUUGGUGAUUACCUGUGGAGAAGAUGGAGGCAUCAAGGCAUGGGAGCUUCCAAUCGAGCUCCAAGGAACCCAAGCCGCCAAACCCGCUAAGACCGAAAUCAAGAAGGACAAGAAAGACAAGAAAGAUAAAAAGAAGAAAGACAAGGACAGUAAGAAGAAGAAGAGUAAGAAGGACAAGAAAGACAAGCGUGGGAAAGACGCGCGGUUCAAGCCCUACUAA